AUGGCUUUGUCGUCGGACCAGCUGGUUGUGGCCACUUUGGUCCUCGCGGUGCUCGUCUGUUUCGGCAUCUGGGUAGGGCUCUUUCUACACGGUGUACCAGCAACCCGACAUAGUCCGGUCACCGUAGCUGGCCGGCUAGAUGCUGGCCCACUUCAGGUGGGAGAUGCCCUUCUGGUGCAACUCAGUGGUCAGAACGCCUACGUGAAAGCACUUGAGCUGGACGGCGAAUCCGUCGGCUGGGCUGUUGCUGGGCAGCACGUCGUCAUCUACCUAUCACAUGUCGACGAGGAUAACAUCCGCAUCGGAAAUGCCAUCUGCCCUCCCUUCAGCGCCGGUCCCAUGCGUCAAUACCUUCACCAAGAAGUGAUCAUGCUGCUGCCCUCUGGGAAAGAAGGGAAAGAAGGGAAAGAAAACAUUUAG